CCACCUCGCCUGCGAUCUUCGUAGCCUCCGUCGCGUCGAGCAUCGAUCAUGUCGGCCUACUGCGGAAAGUACAAGGAUGAGCUCAUCAAGAAUGCUGCCUACAUUGGCACCCCCGGCAAGGGUAUCCUUGCUGCUGAUGAGUCCACUGGCACCAUUGGCAAGCGCCUUUCCAGCAUCAAUGUCGAGAACGUUGAGGAGAACCGCCGUGCCCUCCGUGAGCUCCUAUUCUGCUGCCCUGGUGCUCUCCAGUACAUCAGCGGUGUGAUCCUCUUCGAGGAGACCCUGUACCAGAAGACCAAGGAUGGCAAGCCUUUUGUUGAUGUCCUCAAGGAGGGAGGCGUCCUCCCUGGCAUCAAGGUUGACAAGGGCACCAUUGAGGUUGUUGGCACUGAUAAGGAGACCACCACCCAAGGCCAUGACGACCUUGGCAAGCGUUGCGCCAAGUACUACGAGGCAGGUGCCCGCUUUGCCAAGUGGCGCGCUGUUCUCAAGAUUGGCCCUAAUGAGCCAUCACAGCUUGCCAUCGACCUGAACGCUCAGGGUCUGGCUCGCUAUGCCAUCAUCUGCCAGGAGAAUGGUCUGGUGCCAAUUGUUGAGCCUGAGAUCCUUGUUGAUGGCCCUCAUGACAUUGAUCGCUGCGCUUACGUCACUGAGACCGUCCUUGCUGCCUGCUACAAGGCGCUCAACGAGCACCAUGUCCUCCUGGAGGGUACCCUCCUGAAGCCCAACAUGGUGACUCCAGGCUCCGACUCCAAGAAGGUGACCCCUGAGGUGAUUGCUGAGUACACCGUCCGUACCCUCCAGAGGACCGUCCCUGCUGCUGUGCCUGCUGUUGUCUUCCUCUCUGGUGGACAGAGCGAGGAGGAGGCCACCCGCAACCUCAAUGCCAUGAACAAGCUCAGCACCAAGAAGCCGUGGUCCCUGUCUUUCUCCUUCGGCCGUGCCCUCCAGGCGAGCACCCUCAAGGCCUGGGCUGGCAAGGUGGAGAACCUGGAGAAGGCUAGAGCUGCCUUCCUCGCCAGGUGCAAGGCCAACUCUGAGGCUACCCUCGGCACCUACAAGGGUGAUGCUGCCGCCGACACCGAGAGCCUCCACGUCAAGGACUACAAGUACUGAGUUGCUUCUCUUUGCGUGCCCGUUUUGGAACUCCUGCCUACGAGCUAGGUUGCGGAGUGUGGUUUGCUCGUUAGAGCUUAUUUUCGGACAUCCAAAAAACAUGCUUCCUAUGUGGGAUGAUGGUUAUCUUUAUAUUUGUAUGUUAAUUAGUCUCUUUGCUGUUAAAUUUCGUGUAAGUUGGUCCUGCCGAUGGAGAAUCGAGCAGCUCCCUUUUUUUGUUCUAUCAACUAUGCUGUAAUUCUGGCUAUGUAUCGGCAAAAACAAUUCUAUAUGCUGAGUUGGAGUCGGCAAAAAUUCAU